UUGAUUGAGAAAUUGUCCAUGUUUGCUUUGUGCUUGCUCACAUUUACAGUUUUAAUUGACUGAGAGCAGCGAUUCUCAUAUCUUCUUGCAAAAACAGGGCUGGAUUUUCUAGAUGGGGAAACGAGAGGCUAUACAACGGUCGAACCGGAGAAAUGGUCGAUUCACUGGUGUUCAUGGGCCCGACCUUCUACCAGCGGCUGAUCCACAUGGCCGAGGACAAGGUCAAGUUCCGAAACACGGGGCCUGUUCACCCUCUCACCAGGCAGCCGGUUGCAGAUCGCAAACGCUUUGGUGGGAUCAAGUUCGGCGAGAUGGAGCGUGACUGCCUGAUAGCCCACGGUGCAUCAGCAAACCUCUACGAGCGGCUCUACACGCUCAGCGAUUCCUCCCAGCUGCACAUCUGCCAGAACUGCAAGAACAUCGCCAAUGUGAUUCAGCGAUCUGUCCCCGGUGGGCGCAAGGUCAGGGGCCCUUACUGCCGUGUCUGUGAAUCCGUCGACGACAUUGUCAAGGUGAAUAUCCCCUAUGGAGCUAAGCUGUUGUCCCAGGAGCUCUUCAGCAUGGGGAUCAGUCUCAAGUUUGACACCAGACUUUGCUGAGUUUAAGUACAUGCAGGGGGAAAAAACUUCUUUGUGUAAAAUGCUGACAUUCUCGUACGGGGUCUUGUAGUAGUUUAUGUGUAAGUUGAUUGUGCUCCAAGUUGCAGCGACAAAACACAAAUGCUUGCCUUAUCUAGGACCAAGAAAGCUAACAGAAAUGUGGCUGCUGUAUGUUUGCUGGGAACUACAGCGCUGGUAACGGAUUUUAGUAGCACUUGUUGACUGUUGGGUUUUAAAGAUUCUCGGACUCUGAAUUUCUUUACGAGAAUGGUAUAUAUGUUUAAAUUUAUUGUUUGGUGCUACUAAGGGCCAAUUAGGGACUACUUAUCAGCAGUCUCACUCUCACACACAAGGAGAAAUAUGGAUGGUCAGUUGGUCACCUUUCAUCUUCUUUUCCAUUGAAAUUUUCUUUUCCAAGCUAAGGCGGUAUUGACAACCUUGGCGUAGAGAGGGCAUGGAUUCUAAUAUGCGAAGCGAGCCCACGUAGGGAGCCCAAAAUUCACUCGAACAGCCCACCUAACAGUCCGACAGCAUCAGGAGAUGGAAAACGAAGCACGGUGGCGAGGCACUCACCAAUCCUCCAUGAAUGAACCACAUCCAAUCUG